AUGCUGAGCGGGCUUUUGGGAUGGAUCCCCCUUCUCUUCGAACCCCUCUCCAACUACUAUAUCCCUCCUAUACAGCCCCAGGAGCGUAUCCAGUCCCAUAAUCAACCUUGGGGGCAGAUCAUCACCGGUGUGUAUGGCCGCCCACCCCUCUGGAAGAUUCAUGACCGCCAUGGGGUUGUGAAUUGGAGCUUUGAGCGCAAAGACGUUACGCAAGAUCUGCCCGAGGAUGUGCACACAUGUCUCUAUUCUAGAGCCAACGAUGCCACCGAAGUCAAAUAUAUGAACAACGGCACCAGCGUCGGUGGUGUCUAUAGUGACCUCGCUCUCGUCAUAAACCAUACACCCGAGAAUCCGGCCAUCGACAAGCUUAUCACCUUCACACUCUGCAGAAGAAACGAUGCUCUCUGGAAUGCGCAUACCCUCGAGCCGCUACCAGGAGAUCUACUCGCCGUGGGUACUACUGGCCAGCGACCCUGGGACGGAAUCCUUGUCUAUAAUGCUAGUGCCGCCAACCCUCUUAUGGCGAAUCCUCCAAUCAUUCAAAAUAUCACCGGGCUACGUGCUAUCCACGGGCUGAUCUGGGACGAACAAGGGCAGAUGCUAUGGGCUGCCGGGACAGACGCUGCGGCGGACGGCUCUGAUCCGGUCCCUGCAUACGGCACCAUCAUAGGAUAUCCCUGGAACCGCACGACAGGGCUACUGGAGAAGGAUGAUCGCUAUAUCUAUAAGCUGCCCGAGGCAACCUUAAUUGAGGCUGAAUGGGGCAAAGGAUACCCCUGGUGGGCCGGGUUACACGAUCUGGUACCCAUUCCUGGCCAGCGGAAGUUCCUUGUGUCAGAAGAUCGCGGUCUUCAUGCCUUUGAUAUAGAGACAGGACAGUACACGGAGCAUUAUGAGAAUGUCACCGAGAAAUACCUCAGAGGGUUUGAGGUUACAACCAAUGACCGUCAUGGGUAUACUAAAGGGGUGUGGGAGGAGCUGCCACAGUCUGAUCUCAAGAGUUUCAACAUUGCACCCGAUGGAAGUUUCAUCUACGUGCAGUCCUUGUGGACUAAGUUCCGUGGUUUUCAUACUAGCCUGGUAGUCAAUGGCCAGCGACGGAAGAUAAAUAUCGGUGAUGAAAUCUAUCGCUCACGGUGGUUUGGGAACUUGGAUGGCUGGCCUAAACCACCUAGGCUAUAA